CGAGCAGAUAUGAAAUUGUGAUAAGCGGAUAAGAUUAUACUGGUUAGUACAGACAUUCAAAGCUACGUUUUUGUGAAAGUGCAGGAAUAGAGGACACUAAAUUGAUACGGCUAAGACAAGAACGCAAGUAAUUCAGAUUAUGGCCGUUUUAAAAGAGAGGAAAUUUGCGUUAACUUUAUUUACUUUAUCAUCAUUAAUAACGUCAUUCGACGUUCUCGCAAUAGAAGAGGAUGAAAUUAUACGCUUCGUAAAUAAAACUCACAUAUAUUGUGUGCAUCCCGAAGAUUUUCAAUUGGCAAUGUUUACGAACCCACCACUAGAAGGGAUUCAGUAUGGAAAAAAAUUAUUGGAUAUUGAAAAUUGGGAAAACGACGACUGGAAAAUAAACGAUUUAAGUAACAUCAUAUCAGUGGUAACCGACAAAAGAUGGGAAGAGUUCCCUGUACUCAAUACAAACUAUAAAUAUUUUCCUAAUUUCAACCCUUCUGUAACAUUCUCAAUUUACCGGGGGGAAGAUAUACAAUUAUAUGUUGAUGAUGAAGAGUCACUGGAUUAUUUGGAACCAUCUCCCAAAAAUAGGGAAGAAUGGACUACAUUUACAAUUUUUUUUAAAGAUAACUAUGUAAAUUACUUCAUGAACAAUGAUCGCAUUAGAACACAUAACUUAAAACCUACUAACCUGGCAGUGAAAACGAAAAAUCAAGCAUAUUUUAAAAUUCAUUCUGGCAAAUAUAAAGAAGCUACUAACGUCACAAAUACAACAAAUGGUCCUACGACUUUGAGAAUUCCUCACGUCAAUAAUCCUUCUUUUAUUAUACUCUACAUUUCAUUAUGUAGAUCAUGUGUACUAGAAGUUGAAUAUGGCGGUCACCGAGAAAAUAUCACUUCAAAUACCACAGAAACGAGUGAUUUUGAAGAAUGGCAGACACACAAAAUUAAUCUAACUUCCUCUGCAACAAACGAGGUAAAUUUCAUUAGAAAAAAUAACAAUCAAACGGAACACGGAUACUGGAGACUGGAUGCAAGACUCUAUGAGUAUGGACACAAUGUGGUGGCAUAUAAAAUUACUCCUGACAUCAGUCCAGAGGCCAUAAGUUGCAACUAUUUAUUGCCAGACACCACAGAAUCGAACAGAAUGAAAAGAGGUAUAAAGCCAACAGAAUCUUCUAGACAGCUCGUUAAUUGUCCAUUGGGCAUGGUCGGCGCGAAAUGUGACAUCAGUUGUGCAAGCAUUUUAGGAGACCAAUAUUCGGAAUGUCAAAAACAUAAGAUUUGCGAUGUGCAGGGUUGUCAGUGCCAUCCGUAUUAUAAAGGCAGUUGGUGUGAUGAAAAGGUUGCCACUGGAGAUGAACGUCAAGGCAGUCAUAAUGACAAAUCUGCCAGUAUUAUCUCUAAAGACAAUGAGAAUCUAAAGAAAUAUGAAAAAAAUGAUUCUACAAGUAGCUGGAUGUUCUGGUCCAACAUAUUGUUGUGGGUAUUACUACUAUGCUUGAUUUUAUUUCUAAUUUUCGAACGUAUUAUUAUCAAACGCAACAAAAUUUCACAACCUGUUGACGACAAACCAUUAAUCAAAAAAUCCAAGCAGUCGGAUCAUUUUUUCCAAUGUUGUGGUCGAAAAGUAGAGGCAAAUCGUUUUCUCAACAGUACACCACAUUUGGAGGGACGGCAGUUUGGAUUGAAGAUUUAACUAUGCGAUUUAAAUUUUUUUGUCUACAUACAUGUUACAUUUUAUAAACUUGAGUGGAAGAGUUAGAUUUGUAACCCAUUAUACACAAUGUAAGGGUUGUUGUGUCACAGUAUAGAUAUCAAUCAGUAGAGACAGCUCGUCGUUUUUCGUGACCCGUUUUCGUGGGUGGUCGUUCGCAUUAUGACCGAAUGAGGGCGCCCAACUGACAUCUAAAAUAUUUGAAAUUUGGCAGUUUUGUUACAAUAUUUUUGCCGGUUUUGCUUGUUUAAUAAGACUGCUUUUCCGGUAGAAUUGUACAAAUAGUAUAAAAAUGUAAUUUUCACAAUAAAAGGUAAAAUCUUUUACCGAUGAAUUUUCAUACAGGAUCCCUGUUGUGCGCCUUAUUCUCUCCAUCGUGUUUGGAAUUCUUGGAAAAGAUAGUAAACAUAACACACUUUUUGUUUAAAAAGUCGUCGCAAAGGGACAACAACGGUGGUUAUGAAAUAAAUAAUAAAAAUUUAUUAUAUGUGAUUCCGUUGUUGUGGUAAAAUUAAAUAUAAAAAUAAUAAGAAACAAACUACACGUAACAAAAAAUUAUAUAAGCAGACCUUCUCUCAAUAAACAAAUUUUUUAUUCAUCAUGUA